GAAAAACGCGCUAUUGCGGUUAACGGACAAAUUCCGAUGCCAACAUUAACUUUUACCGAAGGUGAUAUUGCCGAAAUUUAUGUACAUAACGAUUUAAAAAAAGAAAAUACUGCACUGCAUUGGCACGGUCUAUUUCUGCCAAAUAAAGAAGAUGGUGUUCCGUAUUUAACGCAAAUGCCCAUUAAACCGGGAACAACGCACAAAUAUACUUUCCCAAUUAUCCAAAACGGAACCUAUUGGUAUCAUAGCCAUUCGGGAUUACAGGAACAAAUUGGUUUAUACGGACUUUUCAUCAUUAAUAAAAAGAAAGACGAUUCGACUUUUAGAAAAGGAAUCGACGAUUUACCAACCGUUCCCGUUAUUUUAAGCGAAUGGACCGAUCUAAAACCAGAGAACGUGCAGCGAAUGCUUCAUAAUGCGAAUGAUUGGUUUGCCAUAAAAAAAGGCACAACUCAAAGUUAUGCCGAGGCAAUUAAAAAAGGUCAGUUUUCGACCAAAGUCACCAACGAAUGGAAACGUAUGAAUGCCAUGGACGUGAGUGAUGUUUAUUACGAAAAGUUCCUGAUUAACGGAAAAAAUGAAGAUCAGCUUUCGCAGUUUAAAGCAGGUGAUAAAGUUAGAUUGCGAAUUGCCAACGGAGGCGCUUCGAGUUAUUUCUGGCUGACGUAUGGCGGCGGAAAAAUAACGGUUGUGGCCAGCGAUGGAAACGACGUUGAACCUGUAGAAGUCGACCGUUUGAUUAUUGCCGUUUCUGAAACUUAUGAUGUGGUGGUUACGAUUCCUGAAGAUAAAAAAUCUUUUGCUUUUUUGGCUACAGCCGAAGACAGAACCGGAUCUGCUUCUUUGUUUUUAGGUGAAGGAACCAAACAGUCUGUUUCUCAUCUUCCUAAAUUAAAAUAUUUUGAAGGGAUGAAAAUGAUGAACGACAUGAUGAAGAUGAACGGAGAAAUGAAUGAUAUGGGGAUGAAAAUGUCUCUCAAUAAAAUGGAUAUGAAUGCCGUAAUGUAUCCUGAAAUUUCUGGUGAAGAUGCAUCUGUAAAACCUGAAGAUCAUUCGAUGCAUAAUAUGGAAGGUAUGAAAAUAGAUGACAUGAAAAUCUCGAGCGAUACUACAGAAGUUGCCGAGAUUACGACUUUGAAUUAUGGAAUGCUAAAAUCUCCAACCAAAACAACAUUGCCAAAAGAUGCUCCGGUAAAAGAAUUACGUUUUGAAUUGUCCGGAAAUAUGAACCGUUAUGUCUGGAGUUUAGACAAUAAAGUGAUUUCUGAAACGGAUAAAAUCUUAAUUAAAAAAGGAGAAAACGUUCGUAUUGUUUUGUACAACGGAUCGAUGAUGCGCCACCCAAUGCAUUUACACGGACAUGAUUUCAGGAUUAUAAACGAGCAUGGCGAUUAUUCUCCGCUAAAAAAUGUAAUUGAUAUUAUGCCAAUGGAAACCGAUAUCAUCGAAUUCCAGGCAAAUGCCGAUGGCGAUUGGUUUUUCCACUGUCAUAUCUUAUAUCAUAUGAUGGCGGGAAUG